CAGUCAGCUGAUUUUAACUUCGUAAUGUUGGUAGCGGUAGGCUGCGAAAAAAGCGCGUAGAAGUUUGAAGAAAACUUACAAGAAUAUAGGACUCUUGUUAACUCCUUAAUAAUUGUUCAUGUGAAACUAAUUGCUGAUUUUCUACUUUUGUGUAUUUCGUUGCCAUCUGUUAUCCUUAAAAAUGCAUUAUGUUCAAAAAUAUUUAGAGAAAAUACCAAUACCAACAAUUAAUAUCAAUGCAACACCCGGUAAAAAGCUAUCAAACAUUUAUCUGUACUGUAAUUAUUACAGUUUUUACUCACAAAAGGUACUCAUGACGCUUUACGAAAAGAAUAUUGAGUUUGAGCCUUUAAUUGUGGACAUAACAAAAGGAGAGCAGUAUUCUUCAUGGUUUUUGGAUAUAAAUCCUCGAGGGGAAAUACCAGUGUUAAAGGUAAAAAAUGAAGUUAUACCAGACUCUACAAGAAUUUUGGAUUAUUUGGAAUUUUAUUUAGAUCCAGAAUUGACGUCACUAAUAAAUGUGUCAGCAGACAGUAAAGUACUGGAUAAUAUCAAUAGAUUCCGUGAGAUGUUAGAAGCACUACCAGCUGGUUUAAUUACUGUGGGUUCAUUCUUUCAUCCUCAUCUGAGUGGAACUCCCAAGUUACCAUUUAUUCAGCCAGUUCGUGAGAUUCUUAAAAGUGGUGACCUGGGAAAUUCUACAAAUCUGAGAAAAUUAGCUGAGGAAAAUCCUAAAGCUAGAAGUAUAUUACUUUACAAAGCUGAGAUUCAAGAUCGCAAACAUGAAAUAAUAACCAAUGAAGAGGAGUACUCUAAAGUCCUCAAAGUUAUUGAUCAAGUUCUAACUCAUGUGGAAGAACAAUUGAAAAAGCAGCCUGAAGGUAACUGGCUGUGCUGCGAAAACUUUACCAUUGCGGACAUAAAUUUAGCUAUUCUCCUCCAACGCCUUUGGGAACUUGGAUAUGAAGGUAGAUAUUGGGCGGCUGGAAAACGUCCCUUAUUAGAAAAUUAUUACAAUCGUGUCAAACUACGAGAAUCUUUUAAAAAAACCAUACCUAAUUUACCAGUUCAUCUGAAAAUGAUUGUGAUGUCGCAACCACCAGCAUAUUUAGGCGCUGCAGGAGCGGCAUCAAUUGGCGUUGUUGUUGCAAUUGUAUAUAUAUUCAAAAAAAUUAUACGCUAAGCAUUGCUUGUCUAUACCAAAUUGGCCAAUAAUAUUCCAUUAUAACCUGUUAUUUAUAUUUUAUGAUUUACCUAAACAUAUUUUUUACUGUUAUUGUAUAUAUUUCUGAGGCGGUAACUGUAGGUAGAUAGUUACACCAUGAUGCUUUAUAUCUGCGUCCCUUGCUCACAUUUUCAGUUCUCGCCAAACAUUUUGCUGGUACUAAAAAUUAAAAUCAAUGUAUUUAAGGAGAUAGCUAAUUAAGUACCUAUCAGUGGUCAACUGAUUAUGGACUUCAAAGCUUAUUCUUUGCACAGCGCUGGCAUUAGAUAGGAGUUUUUUUGCAACAAGUUCAAUGUGAGCGAUAUUAGUUACGUUGACUUUCCGCUAGCUUAUAUUGCUAUGAGGUUACCUACAUAUGUAUUUUGAAUUUGAAGAACUUGAGAGUGCAGCAAAGACUUCUUGACUUUUUGAUUGCAUCUAUUUAAGUGAAUACAGUAUUACCAAGACUUUGUAUAGUGUAGUGGGUCCUAGUUCACUAGCGUUACUAUUCUAAGCACUAACUUGACUAUACACCACACAUUAUUUUCAUUACUUUUUCCAAAUCUGUGUAAAUAAUUUUCCUUUUCACACAGCACUACACAGUUAUGAUCAUUAAUGUGCAACUAGUUUGAUGUUUCGAAAGAGCUUUUAUAGGCCUAUUUAAAAAAAAAGUGACUGAGACUUUUUGAGCUUUUUCCAAUUGACUUCAAAGAGAGAGAGAGAGAGGUGGAAUAGCUAGAUCACAUGAAGAGUUGCUAGCAGCAAUGAUCUGUUCCUUAUUUCUAGUAAACUAUGUAUUAAACUUCUAUCUUUAAAAAAUAACAAUAAAAGCAGUAUUAUUUACCUUUUAAGAUAUUUAUUAAAACCGUAAAAUAUG